CGAGGCGUGUCGUCGUCCGUCGAUCACGGAACGCCCAUCGCUCACGCGCGCGCGCAUCUUGUUUCCCCUUAGACUGAAGCUUUUCGAUCCGGCGCGCGCGUCCGGGUCCGCCCGCGCCGUAUCUUCUCGCGGGCGUCGGACCGCCGAUUCGUAUUAAUCAACACAUCCAAGCCGAAUAAUACCGUCGGCCGCGCGUCGAGGACCGAUGGCGUCGCGCGCCGCCGCAGAGCCCUGCUCCGACGGCAGACGAAAUAGCCUCGAGCUGUGCCCGCGAUCAUACGACGACGUCGAGCGCGCGGAGCUGGACGAGAUUCGCGUCGCGUUCGAAGGCGUCCCCGAGGUCGCGAUCAAACAAAACCCCGCGAUCGGCAUCCCCGGCGCGGUGUACGACUGCUCGAUCGCGCUCGCGGCGCACGUCGUCCACGAGAUCCUCCCCGGGCUCGCCAGAGAGAGACGCGAGCUGCGAAUGUUGGAGCUCGGCGCCGGCGCCGGCGCGUGCGGGUUACUCGUCGCCGCGGCCGCGUCUAGCGCCGGGAUCGACGUCUCGCUCCUGCUCACGGACCGCAACCCGAAAGCGGUCGACCUCGCGAGCGAGAACGCGAGGAUCUUCGCGACGACGCGACGCUCGGGCGCGGGCUCGGAGACGGGGCGGAUUCGCGUCGACGUCGAGCGAUACGCGUUCGGCGACGGCCCGCCGCCGGCGGUCUCGGGGGUCGACGCGCAUCGCCCGGGGACGCCGGGAACGCGCGGGGGAGGCGCGCGCGCGGACGUCGUGCUCGUGUCCGACGUGUUGUACGCCCCCGAGUCGGCGGCGCCGCUCGCGAAGACGUUGCUGGCGCUGCUUCCGCCGAGCGGCGGCGGCGGCGGCGGCAGCGGCGGCGGCGGCGGCGGCGGUGAGGCGCCGCGGGUCGCGCUCGCGUGGAAGCCGCGCUCGAACGACCCGCGCAAGGCGGACGCGAUGCAGACGUUCCUCGACGUGUGUAAAGUCGAGGGACUCGCGCUUCGCGCCGCGGUCAGGGACGGGAAGAUGAGAGCGUCCGUCGCGACGCUGCGCGGACCGACCGGCGGCGGCGGCGGCGGCGGCGAAGACGAGUGGACGCGCCUCUUCGACCCUGUCGAACUCGAACGGCGCGGGUUGCGCGUUUUUUACGUCACGCGCGAGUAG